CACGCUAGUAUAUAUAAUUUGGAAUACCGCCUUUAGAAAGGAUUCAAAAUUGAAAGAUAAUUUUCCGUGCUACCGGGAGGGAAAUAGGAGGGGAGGAUACUCCGAAGCCCUAGUCGGAAUUCGAGAUGGAUUCGAAGGAGGAGAGCAAAGCCGACGGCGGCCACAAGGCGGCGGCUGGGGUUGAAAACUCGGAUUCCUCAGUUUUUCAGAAGAAGCGGGCGCGGAGGGUUAGUUUUGCCGAGCUGACAUCGGUUCAUUUCUUCGACAGAGACGAGGAGGAUAAUGAGAAUCCCUCGACGGGAGCUGGGAAAGUUAGCGGGGAUACUGAAGGUCUACUGGAGUCUGGUGAGCUUAUUGGUGGUAACAAGGAGUUCGGAGGCGAGGGAGAUGCCGGCGACAGUGAUGAUGACGAAGAGUUGGAAAUGCGGAGGUCAUUCUUGCGUCCGGUUGGCUCGCCUUCUCCGGGAGGGAGUACCUUCGGUUCUGCAUCUUCCAAUGAUGCAGAUGAAUUCUUUGGUCCUGUAUCAGCCAAUUUCAUAAGACUGGGUCGGUUUUCUGAUUCUGGGGCUUCUGCUGAUAAUCCUGACGUCACCAUGGAUUCAGCUACUUUCUCCAUGCACUUUCGUAGUCUGAUUACAUCGGAUUCAGGGGUGGACUUAAAGACACCAAUGGGAAGUCAAAUCUUUUCUGAAGAGAAGACACCUAAGGAUAGAGAUGCAGGAAGCCCCAUGGCUAUAACUUUGGGUGAGAAGCCUAAUCUUAAAUCCUCCAUUCAUUCCACAGAAGCAAGUGGUAGUCAGAACUCCAAUGCUAUGAGCCUUGUUGGGGAAACCCUUAACAAGUAUGACUAUGAAAAACUAUCACCAAGAUUGGAUGCCCUUCUUGCAGAGAGCAGGAAAAACUUGUUUUCUGUUAGUGCAUCUGAUGAUAUUGCUACUUCGAUGCCAACUAGAACAAACCAAAACAAGUUUUUACCUUUAGUACACAAUGGUGAUAAACCUUCUUUCCACUCUGAGUUUCAUGAGGAAAAUGCUACCCACGAAAAUUCUCUGCAACAACCUUCAUCCGGUACACCGGAGGUGACAACGUCAAAGAGGGAGAACUAUCAAUCAAACAAUACGCCAUACAAGUUGAGUAAAAAUGAAUCUGAAACUCGAUUCAUGUCAUCUAGGUCUCCUGUCAAGCGGCCACAAAUUGAAAUUGAUCUUACUGCUGGUACUCCAUCUGAAAAAUUGGCAAUAGCAUCUCCAAACCCAUCCUUUUCCUUGCUGAGAAGCAGAAAUUUCGAGGGUCAAGAUAUCCAAACAUCCAUUCAGAGAAGCAUUUCGAAACUGGAAUCCCUUGAGAAAUCUGCCUUUUCUUCUGUUUUUGCAAGGAAAGUUGAUAGUUCUUCUAUUAAGUCACUUAACUUUCUAAGAUCUCCCAGCUUUGAUUCUUUUUGGGAAAAGAAGCAUCAUUCUUCUAGUGUCAACAAACAUUCAUUUGUUGAAGAUAAACUUGCUGGUGUACUUUUGAGUGAAGAAAAUAGAAAUGGUUCUAACAAGGAGCAUCUUAGGGCAAAGACUCAAGAUCACUUUGGUGGUAGACGUAAUUUGUUUUCAUCCAACAGGUCCAAUGAAGAUGCAUUAAUGACUGAAACUGAGUCCUUAUUGGCUGAGCAAGCUUCUGGUGAUGAUGGAGGAGCUAAUCUUCUUCAUAAGUAUGUCUCCUCGCCAAUCAGCAAGUUGGAGAAGCGGUUAUCUGCUUCCCCUGGUCAUCAGUCCAAGAAAUCUGAAUUUAUUCAGUUGCAAAUGUAUGAAUUUGACAAGGGCUUAGAUUCAACACCGGAGAAAAAUCCUCUUGAUGUGGAUCCCUUGAUUGCAAGUGGUAAUAUAAAUAGUGUUACCUGUGGAAUGAAUAUAGAGUUGGAAACUGAAGAAACUGAUAACCAAGAAGGGAGAGAAGCACUUAAAGCAAUAGGCAACAUAAGUACUCCAAAAGAAAACAAAUCCCAUUCAACAUUUCAAAAUGUUGGUAACCAAACAACAUGGGAUGUCUCUAUGCUUGAAAAUAACCCCCCUGGAGGAGAAUUGGUAGUUACAUCUCAAAGUUCUAUCACUCCAUCUUUCUCUACUCUUUUGGAUGAAUCAAGAUUGCACAAGAAUCAGGUGGUGAUCCCUACAACUAGCCCCUCAAGAAAAGGGCUUGGUAAUAUUCAUCCCUCAAGAAUACCAUUGCCAAAAUCCAUCCACACAAAUGGUGGAUUGGAGAACUUUUCUUCUAACAAGAGAAGCGUUGAAUUAUUAUUGAGAGAUUCAAAUAGGUCUGAAAUGACCAUACUGAAGAGGAGCCCCAAAAUUCAGAAAAGUGGGAGUUGGGACCCACAAGCACCAGCGUAUCCUGAUGAAGUUAGUGCGACAGUGGUGGUGGGCUACGAAAGGAAGAAGUGGAAUGAUACUUAUUCUAAAUUCUCAGAGGACAUGAAAGGUGUAAUUUGUGGGUCUGCCAGUAUGCUUAAUAGUAAGAUGAUAGAUGUGCUUCAAGAUAUGUUAGUUAAUCAGCAGAGGAGAAAGAAGUAUGAAAUGUUUCACCUUGGAGUCAUGCCUCAGGGGAAAAUUGUUCUUCAGGAUCUCCAGCUCGAGAAAAUGGCCGAAAUAAAUUCUUUGUUGCAUCAAGUAGUGUUUCAAAGGGCAAAAUUGCAGCUACAGCAUAUAAAGAGAGAGAGGCUGUCGAAACAGUCACAAUUGUUGAGCUCAAGGAUUCAAGAGUCAGAAAUAUUGAGAGCACAAUUCCUGGAAACAUGCGCCUUGAAGCCCAAAUUUGCUGGUGCUGAUGAUUUGUCAUUGUCAGUUAUGAAGAAGGGAGAAGUGGUUUGCGAAGAAAAGUUGACUGCAAUGAGACAGGAGUUAGAAGCAUUGAACAAAAAGAUUUUGAACUUGACAAGAACUUUUCAAUCAUGCUGCAAGAUGAAAGCUGAACCAAGCACUGGCAGGACAAUAGCUUUGGUCAAUGAGCACUUAGAACAGAGGGCCUCUUGCAGGUUUAUUCGAUUGGAUAUGCAGAUGUGGUCAGUGCAGAGUGUGGGCUGCUCUAACGGUCAACACAAUAUUAUUCUCAACUACCUGGAAUUCAUUACUCAGAGCAUAACAAUCAUUGUCGGGCCAACAUCUAGAGUUUCAAUUACAUUCAAAUUGAUUGAGACAAACAUCUUAAAGAGAUUCCCAAAUAUGGGUGCUUGUGUAGCAUUUGCAUUUGUUUUCAGUACGCAGACUGCUUGCAAAUAUGCUGGUACAAAAACUUUGGCACGAGAGACGCAAGUAACAAGUUCAAUUCUUGGAACCUUGCUUGAUGUGCUUGAAGAGUUACAAGUAGCACAGAUAGAGUCCCACAGUCUUACAGAGUCAAGCUUUUGCUCACCUUCUGUUGGGCGGCUUGAUCUGAUUCUUUAUUUCUUCAAUUUUAAUUCUGGGAAGAAGUUGGUCCUCACGCUUGACAUGUCUUGCCUAAAACGUGGGAUCUACCCCUCAGAUAUACUUCCACUUGAAGUGGCGACAACUGCCGACAGUGAGAAAUGCUCGGUUCCAAUCUUCGAUGCGAAGAUUGGAGCUGCUAUUAAGAAUGUCAGAACUGGGCAUAUGAGGAUCGUGCGGCUGUGUCAAUGUGUGUCUCAAUUGACUCAAGCUUCAUCCCUAUAGGACUGCACCUAUUACUAUAACCAUAUUGUAUGCUCUGUGAGUACUUAUUUCUACUUUGUGCACCUCUGGAAAUGCAAGAAGAAACAAGAACACGAGUUGAAAGCUACAGCAAACCUACCAGCUUGCUUAGAGAUAUAUAUAUAUAUAUAUGUAUAAUCUGACUUAGAAGUUUAAAAAUAAGAAUGCUAUUCCGGCUGAGAUGUGACUACUAUGGCUGAUUAUCCUGUUUCAGUUUGCAACAUUUAAUCUGCUUUUUCUGUGCACUUGGAUUCCUCCUCUCUUUGGAUUUUGGUAUUGUCAGUUGUUGCUCUUUGUUUUGAUGUAAGUAUGGUUCCCAAUCUCCAGGUAUGUUUGUUUAAGGUGGAAACAAGAUUACUGAAUCACAUAUAUAACACAUGACA